CCAGUGAUCAGACUCAGAUGGAUGAGACAAUUGGUAGACAUGAGGAGAGGGCAAAUGGAUCUUUGGCUGAACAAUCCAGGACAGAGCAUGAAGAUUAUGUUUCUGGAGUGCUGUAUGAUAUGUUACAGAAAGAGGUCGUAUCUUUGAGGAAAGGUUGCCAUGAGAAAGAUCAAACCCUCAAGGACAAGGAUUAUGCAAUUGAGAUGUUGGCAAAGAAGGUGGAUACACUUAACAAAGCAAUGGAGGUUGAGGCCAAAAAGAUGCGGAGAGAAGUAGCUGCCAUGGAAAAAGAAGUCUCUGCUAUGCGUGUCACCAAGGAGCCUGAUCAGAGGGCACGGCGCUCAAGUGCUCCCCGAGGGGUUGUAAAUAGCUCUCAUACACUUUCUUCUAGGAAUGCCCACAAGUCUAGGUGAUUGACAUGGCCAUGACACAAUGGCCACAUCAAGGGCGCCCCACUGAUUCUUCGGGUCCGCAAUCAAUAUAAUUGUAUGGUUUUGUCAUGAGUUUUCGCUCGUCUCCAUCUAUUUAAGUUGUCUUGUCCAGGUAGGCAAUUUGUAAAGAACUGACUUGAGGUUUCUCAGGUCACCCUGCCUUGUAUAUUUCUUUUGUACUAAUAUUUCCCGGAAAUAUACCACCGAGGGUGGCAUGAAAGUUAUGAAAGAGAUGUGGCUUGUUAGAUGCUUUUCAAGGAAACUGCAGACAUGAUAAAACUCUGUAUACCAUAAAUGUAUAUUGGUAAGGAAGUUCACGUUAAUUCAAUACAGCUUUUAGG